UUUUCUAUAUUUAAUCUUUACUCAAUGAAAACCUUAAAAAACGAAACCCUUCGGCGGCGGCGGCAUCCCGCGAUCUAUUGUUCGACUCGUCUCUAACGAUCUGGCAUCCACUCUGCUGCUUCUUCCGGGACCUGAAGUCCUGAACUUAGAGCUUCGGACCUCCAAUAAGAUUCCGAGAACAUUCCUGCCCCUCUCUCCGGGAUAAAAGAUGGUGCAGUAUAAUUUCAAAAAGAUUACCAUUGUUCCCAAUGGGAAGGAUUUUGUUGACAUCAUGCUCUCUCGUACACAGAGGCAGACACCAACUGUUGUGCACAAGGGCUAUGCAAUAUCUCGUAUCCGUCAGUUUUACAUGCGCAAAGUGAAAUAUACACAAUCAAACUUCCAUGACAAACUUUCCACCAUUAUUGAGGAGUUUCCCAGGCUUGAUGAUAUCCAUCCUUUCUACGGUGACCUUCUCCAUGUCCUCUAUAACAAAGAUCAUUACAAGCUUGCACUUGGACAAAUAAACACAGCAAGGAACCUGAUUUCCAAGAUAGCCAAGGAUUAUGUGAAAAUGUUGAAGUAUGGUGAUUCACUAUAUCGUUGCAAGUCUUUGAAAGUUGCUGCUCUGGGACGAAUGUGUACUGUGAUAAAGCGAAUCACACCCAGUCUGGCUUAUCUUGAGCAAAUCAGACAGCACAUGGCCAGGUUACCUUCAAUCGAUCCGAACACUAGGACACUCUUGAUUUGUGGGUACCCUAAUGUCGGUAAGAGCUCUUUCAUAAACAAAAUUACAAGAGCAGAUGUUGAUGUGCAACCCUAUGCUUUCACCACAAAGUCCUUGUUUGUUGGUCACACUGACUACAAAUACCUUAGGUAUCAAGUCAUUGACACUCCAGGAAUAUUGGACAGACCGUUUGAGGACCGUAAUAUCAUUGAGAUGUGCAGUAUUACAGCUUUAGCCCAUCUCAGAGCCGCCGUUUUAUUUUUCCUAGACAUAUCCGGAUCUUGUGGUUACAGUAUUGCACAGCAAGCUGCUUUGUUCCACAGUAUAAAGUCUCUCUUUAUGAACAAACCCUUGGUCAUAGUUUGCAACAAAACUGAUUUGCAGCCUCUGGAAGGGAUAUCAGAGGAAGACAGGAAGUUGGUCAUGGAAAUGAAAGAAGAAGCUAUGCAGACUGUGAUUGGACAAGGCGGUGAAGCCAUGGAUGAUCAAGGUGUACUUCUGACUAUGAGUGCUUUGACUGAGGAAGGUGUGAUUUCUGUGAAGAAUGCUGCUUGUGAGAGGCUGUUGAACCAAAGAGUUGAAGUCAAGAUGAAAUCAAAGAAACUAAAUGACUGCUUGAAUCGUUUUCACGUUGCCAUGCCAAAACCACGUGACCAGAAAGAAAGGCCGUUGUGUAUACCUCAGGCAGUGCUGGAAGCUAGAGCAAAGAAAGCAGAGGAAGCUGCAGAGAAAGAGAAGAAGAAGCUUGAGAGGGAUCUUGAGAAUGAGAAUGGAGGUGCGGGUGUCUACUCUGCCAAAUUGAGUAAGCACUAUAUCUUGGCUGACGAUUCUUGGAAAGAUGAUGUCAUGCCAGAGAUUCUUGAUGGGCACAAUGUGUAUGACUUCAUCGAUCCUGAUAUCUUGCAAAGGCUGGAGGAAUUGGAGAAAGAAGAAGGGCUUCGGCAAGAACAAGGAGAAAAUGGUGAUAUUGAGAUGGAAGGUGGGGUCGAGCUGAGCCCUGAAGAAAAAGCCGCAUUAGCCGAGAUCAGGAAAAGGAAAAGCGUGCUGAUCCAACAGCACCGGAUUAAGAAGAGUACAGCGGAAAGCCGACCAACCGUACCAAGGAAGUUUGAUAAGGACAAAAGGUACACAUCAGAGAGGAUGGGAAGACAGUUGUCUAAUCUGGGGCUGGAUCCAACCCUUGCAAUCAACCGUGCACGCAGUAAAUCAAGGGGACGUAAGAGAGAACGGUCGGUGUCUGGGAUCAGUGACUCAAUGGAUGUUGAUGGUGAUGAGCAAACUCCAAACAAAAAAAAGUUAAGGUUGAUGCUGUCUAGAUCCAGGUCAAGGUCAAAGUCAAGGCUUCCAAAUGAGUUGGUGCCUGGUGAAGGAUUCAAAGAUUCUGCACAAAAGUCUAAGGCUAUUGAAUUGGCUAAGAACUCUUCCAAGGUUAGGAACAAGGCAGCCUGCAAGGGUGAAGGUGAUAGAACUAUUCCAAAUCUAAAACCAAAGCACUUGUUUUCUGGCAAGCGUUCUAAUGGAAAAACACAAAGGCGUUAAGGUAUACAAGGUUCUGACAAAAUUUUGCAAAUUUUGGAAUGGUGUUCAGUAUGUCAGCUUUUCUUGUUUCCGGGAGAUUGAUGGGAUCAACUUAGGACAUUUCAGUUUUUGGUUUUGCAAUUUAUUUAGUGUAGCUUCAAUAUGUUUCUGUUUUUGAGCUGCUCUGAAAAUUUUCAGGUUCAUGUGCUUUAAAGCCCACAUGGGUAGCUCACCAUGUUGUCAGGGAGGUUGUCGAGCAAUGGUCUUAGGUUCGAAUCUUGAAAAUGGCAGUGAUAGUUCACCAAAUGUAAUGGUUUCCUGUCAGUGCCAGUUACUAGGCUGCUUUCUCUCAUUAUAUGCGUGGCAUCGUACCGUAAUUUAAUUGUACACCACUCUGUCUGAACAAAGUGCAGGUAUAGAGGGGUGGGCUUUUCCACCCUUUGUGAAUGGAAGAUACAAUGAAGACACUCUUUAACAACCAAUAUAAUUGAGUCAUUGUUACCUGUUCAUUGGUAAUGUCCGCUUUCUUUUGUUGCAUUGGUCAUCUAACAUUUCUCACGAGUUAUCUUCAGAGUUAUUAAAGGACUUGUAUAGUUGUAUGAAAAGUAACUCUGUAAGAAGGCUUACUAGAAAAAGUAGUUGGGCACUACUUAUGUCAGAUACUCAGAUGCAGAUUAUUUAUAAUUAGAGGAAGCUCUUCCACCGCACCCCUAAUCUAUGCAGGAGAAACUGUAUGCGAAUCGGGUCAAAGAAAGAAAUUUAAUGAACAUGAAUUUGUAGUAGAAAUAGCUGCAAAUUAUACGGAGUAAUACUUUAGGAACACAAAGAAGAAAGAAAUCAGUAUUUGUAACUUUUUUCUUGAUAGAGUACUACUGUACUAGUCAAUCUUGAUAUGCUUGCUUCAAGUUAAUAUAUGAGUGGUUGCUAGUUCAUCUGUAUGAUUUUGAAUGUGUUCAGGCAACCCCAAAGUAACAGGUCUGCGGUCUGCCUGCACAUUUUUUCUCGUAGGAUGCCAAAUAACUCUACCUUUUUGAACAGUUUUAUCAACUCAUGAGCCGCUCCUCGAUUUUGAGCAAUGUGUUCCUCCUUGACGCUGAUUUGGUAUCAUACUUUUUAGCCACCAUUAUGGUGAUAGUGUUUUUUUUUUUGAAAGGAAACUAGCAAUUGUAUUAAUUUAAAUUAUCGUUUUCCAAGUGAUUGACAAUACAAAUAGGAGGAGAAUGCAAAUCAAUAUAAUCAAAUGUGAAUGACUUCUAUCUCUGCUUCAUCAUGAAGAGAAGAGUAAGUCUAACAUCUUUAAUGAUUAGGGAUGGAUUCGGUUCGGGCCACCCGGCCCGUGACCUGGCCCGGUACUGUGCGGGCCCGGGACCGGCCCGGUCGGGCGGUCCGGGACCGGGUCUGGGCCCGAA